UAUGUUUUUUGCAUCCCUUCCCUUGUCCUUCCUCUUUCCCGCUCGAACCACAACGACAACCCCAGUCGUCCAUGCCGUUGGCUAUGCGUAUCUGCAUCCUGGUAUAUGUGUAGUCGUAUCUUCUUUUGCGCCACGAAUCGCCUGCUUUAUACGAGCACUGCUCGUCGGAAUGGCAGAGCAGAUCGCAUCCACUAAGAAUGAAGCAAGAAAGGAUGACUCGCGGGAGCGUGAAGCGGCACAGAUCGCACCGAAGAGGGACACGGGUCGUGAACCGGACAACACAAAAGGAGAGCACGGCGAGGCGGCACUAUCAGAGAGCUCCGACAGUAUCGAGAAGGCCGCACAACCAAGCGACGCCUUCUCGUCAGCAGCUGCCGAAGUGCAGUCCGCUGACCCCCACAGAAGGGCCGAGCCAGAUGUUGGAGACGACGACGAGCAGAGAAGUAUUCAAAAGGAAGCGAAAGACGAUGCCUCCGGUCAAGAUCAGUUCCACGAUGGGGAAAGAAAGCUAACGACCACUAGAUCACUGCAAGGUUCGGCUGAACUACGCCCCGACGGCGAAGAUGAUCUUCAUGGACAUGACGACGUUGACGGCCCUGUCACUCCGGGCGGUACGACCAACCCGGGCUCGCUUCUGACCCGGUUGCGCAGUGGCGAGCUGCUUGAGGAUGUCAAGGAGACCGUCCGCGAUGUGCCUUUCGGGUUCGACUUCGAGCGUGCGCGGGAGCGCUUCGAGUCGGUUUCUGAGGCGGCGAAGGAAAGGUUUGAGACUGUUUCCGAAGCAGCGAAGGAAAGGUUUGAGACUGUUUCCGAGGCUGCGAAGGAAAGGUUCGAAACUGUGUCCGAGGCAGCGUCCAAAUCUCUGGAGACCGCGGCGGACUUGGCAAAGGAACGGUUCGAGGGCAUCUCGGAGUCGCUGGAACAGCAGGCAGACCAGGCGUUGGUCCGCGCCCGGCAGUUCCGCGCGCAGGUGCUGCAGUACCAACAGGAGAUGCUGCAGCAGAAAUCGCCCGUGGUGUCCGCAGCCGAGCUGCGGCGCAUCUACACGACGCAGACCGGCCUGCUGGUGGACUACAUUCAGGCCCGGUUUCUCUGGCAGCGCUGCGUGUUUGCGGGUGUGUUUUUUUCCGCGUGGUUCUACAGCCUCUACCACAAGGCGACGCAGUGGACAGAGCGCGGAAUUUCCCUGAAGCCCUGGUGGUUCUCGCCGAUCCUGGCGACGUGGAUGUAUCUCGUGGUCAUCUACUUUGGCGUGCGGUUCAUGGCAAAGCGACGGAGCGCCUUCUCGGACUACAUUUUUGAGUUUCUCUUCCUCUACAACGUGGCCCAGAUGCUGGCGAACUUGUUCGUCUGCUACCACGUUUUUUUCGAGGUGCGCCGGCUGCAGGAAUUCCCGACGCUGUUCGCCAACCACGAAACGGUUUCAACCUACGGGGGCCUUCUGUUCCAGUCCUUCAUCGGCCCACAGACGGUAGGUGAUAAAGCCACGAUAUCUGCGCAGCAAGGUGGAAUUAUGGACUUUAUAGGAGGGUCAUCUACUCAGGAGCAAGGAACAACAGCUCCCAGCGACUCUUCGGCUGCUGCAGAGGCAUUGCAGGGACGCAUUACUGGAACAAACACUACGGGCAUCUUCAGCUUCCCGUUUGCCCUGUUUAUCAGCUACAUCGCGGAACCGGUGUUCGAGAUGCUGUUUGCCUACCCCGUCCGCACGUUUGUCGUGAAGCCGGUCUUUGAAGACGUGUUCGGGUUCGAUCUACAGUACUUCUCCAAAUGGUGGGGCAACGGUCGGGAAUUUUCGUCCACGUGGCUGACGCUUCUGGUUUGGCUCCACUACAUGCUGCACGUCACGGAGCUCUGCGACAUCAUCUUCGUCAUUCUGCGUAAUAAGUUCCAGCGCAUCAUGACAUCCUUGCACAUCUACCUGCGGAUCCUCAACCUCUGGAGCUGGUUCCUCGUCGCGCGCUACAACGCGUAUGGUGACGUCGGCUUCGUCGUCCUGGUCAAUUCGGCCACAAAUUUUUUCGUGUACUGGUACUACGCCGCCGCUGUGCUGCACAGCACCAGCAGCCUGGAGAACGCCAAUGCUGGUAGUACGAGCACAGCAACGGGGGAGUCGGGUGAAGAACCACCAGGAGGUACCGCCAAAGCCGUGAAGCACAAGGCCCAGGUCGUGCGAUUGCAGAUUAUGCAGAUGAGCACACUGUUCGUGCAUUCCCUUUGGUGUUUGUUCUUUGGCAAGAUGCCGGGUCUAGCCUGUCUCUGGCAGAUUGGCGUCAUGUUGCAGGGCCUGGUUCUCUACUCGGAUUUCCAGCACCAGGACCAUAUUUCCAAAGCGAACACCGCAGAGGUAGAUCUGGCGACCGAAAUGCAGAGCUUCGUCGAAGGCAUGCCUUUAUUUUCCGAUACGGAAUCCGACAUUAGCGAACUUGGUGGCGGUGGGUUGACGCCGAAGCUCUACGCCUCCUCAACGCGGUCCUCGCCACGGCACGACGAUAUCGAGGUGGACCUUUACGAUGAAAAAAUUGCAGCGGACAAAACUACAUCGAAAUCAGGUGAACUCACGCAUUCGAAGAACCUAGCGCGUUCCUCCGAUGAGAAUGGCAGAUCAUCGCCAGCUGUACCAGGCACUAGUACAGCAACAUCGAGUAAGAAGACAGCAUCCCCAGAGGAUGGCGCGGAUGCCUCGACGACCAUGCCGCCGCAGGUGCUACCGGUUACAGCACAUCCGGCCGCGACUCUCCGGAAUCGCAGAGCUACAAUUACCGCCGGAACGUCCGGGCCGGCACAUCUCGCACUACGUUCCGCCUCGAUGCCCGACAUCAGGCUGUCACUACAGAUGGCCGAGGAGCGGUUGCGGCGAAAACGAAAGAACCGCCGCCCCCAGCUCAUGUUUUCGUUCGACAGUAGCGGGUGGUUGUAUCUUUACCACUUUGGUGUGGCCUAUGCCAUCGAAUCCCACUUCGGGCGCCUGACGCAGGACCUGUUGGAUACUUACAACAACGACUCCGCUCCGGGCCCGCUGGAGGAAAAUAGUGCCACCUCAACAUCCAUGCGAGACAGAGGAAAAGGAGGAUCAAAGACUACAAAAGCUCUUUCGAAAGAUGCGGGAACGAAAGCAACGUCUUCGUCAUCGACGACGUCUGACGAGGAAACCGUGAAUCCCACCGCCGAAGUAACCUUGCGGCGGCGGUCCACAGGGAACAUGUUUUCUGUCCCUUCUGCGGUGCCCCAUAAUUCCUCCACCUCCGACGAUAUGCCGUCCAUGUCUUCGUCCUCGAGGCCCGCUUCUUCCACAUUCACGGAGCGCAGCGAGCCUGCGUCCAGUACUUCAAAGCCAGCAAAGGGGCUAGACCAUGAUCGUCGUGGUACUGAUGUCAGCACACCGACCCGCACGCUGAGUAAAGAGUUACUCGAAAACACGACCACAGGGAGCAGGCCGAACAGCAGGUGGCGUAAUAAAAGCGCUGGAUCCAAACAUGGUAAGAAGGUGAACCCAGCUUGUCUCGGUUUCUCGGGGUCCUCCGGUGGUGCUCUGGUCGGUUGCGCCCUGGCUUGCGGGGUCGACGUGCGGGCGCUCGCCGAGUACGCGAUUUCGCUUUUUCCGACGAUCGGACACAACCCAGUGCUGGCCGUACGGGCACUAGACGGCGCGAUGGCGAAGUUUCUUGAGCCGAACAUGUUUCGGCGCGCGAGUAACCGCAUUCGCAUCUUGCUGACCAACGUGCGCAUCACCAAGCCGCCGUUUCUCACGGCCGAGGUUAUCCAUGAAUUUCACUCCGACGCGCACUUGCGGAAUUGCCUCAAGGCUUCCUCGCACGUUCCGCUGGUCGCAGGAUGGCUGCCUUUCAAGAUGACGCCAGAAAUGGUCUCGGGAACAGCUCCUGUAGCUGGUCCAACUGGUACACCAGCUUCCUCGCCUCUGCCAGAAGACGAGGAUGGUCCUAAAGCGGGCGUUCUGGCGUCAAGUUCUGCUUCAAAGAAAACAGUGACGCGUUCGAAAACAGCUCCCGAAACGGAGAGAAUAGUAGGGAACAGAGCUCCUGCUUCCAGCGCGAAACCAUCUUCAUCAACAAGCAGCACUGGACCCGCCGAGCCGUCCACGCCCAUCCCGAAAGUGAACAACUGGUAUCUCGACGGGCUUGCGUGGCUCACGUUUCUCGUUCCGUGGCGAACCUUUCAUCCCGACGACUCCGUGGUGAAAGUGAGUGCGCUCUCCGCUCCGACCGCGGAUAUCGUCCCGCGCAUUAUCAUUCCGUUCUGGUGGGCUGGCUUCCCGCCGUCCGAGAAAGUUUUACGGGGCAUCUUUUGGUCCGGCUAUCAGGAUGGCAUGGCCUGGAUUCGCGACACCCAGUAUGGGUACAACAGCAGCAGCCGUGGGGGGCGUCGGUUUCUGAAAUCUGCCUGCUUUUCCUGCCGCAGCGACGCCUCCGAGCAGCUGGAGCGGCGGCCCUCGACCGAGAAGAGUUUUUCCUCUAGCAGCUCCAAGCAGCGCCUUCGGCCGAUCGGCGCGCGCGCAGUGCUGAAGAAACUGCUACCACCGAGUAGGAGCCAUUGGUCAACUGGAUUCGAGGAGGAUCUAAGCGUUUUCGACGAUGAGGAAAUUCAGGACUGCAUUGAGGAGUACGAAGAACAAGCGGAGUCCGCCUGGACCACGGUCAUCUUCUUCACCAUCUGCACUCUUGCCUUGCUGCUCCUGCUCGCCACGGAGUUCGAAUUGUAGCACUGGAAUUGCACCAUGAGCACGUAAUACUAAAAGUUGAGUUCUUGGAUGUUUUCGAAACAACAAGCACAGAAGAUGUAGAUCAAAAGCUUUGGUUCAGUCAGAACUACAGAGUCUGCUGAGGGCGUAGUUCUUUCGCAACAGGAGCAUCUGUGUUGCUAUUCGCAACAUGAUGCACGAAAUAGAGACACAGAAGAUACCGCUCUGGCAGGCUUCGUGGGGUGAUACGAACGCGAGGGCGCGAACGAAUGGGAAAAUGAACAUAGCAGAAGACACUGCAAGGAACAGCAUA